AUGUCUAGAACGGCCGGGGAUGCCCUCUACCCCCCCCCCCCCAAAGGGACAAAUCAGCCCCAACCCUCUACCCCCAAAGGAACCAUUAAGCCCCAACCCAACCCCCCCCAAAGGAACCAGUCAGCCCCAACCCUCUACCCACAAAGGAACCAUUCAGCUCCCCCCCAAGGAACCAUUCAGCCCCCCCCCAAAGGAACCAUUCAGCCCCAACCCUCUACCCCCAAAGGGACCAUUCAGCCCCAACCCUCUACCCCCCAAAGGGACCAUUCAGCCCCAACCCUCUACCCCCAAAGGGACCAUUCAGCCCCAACCCUCUACCCCAUAGGGACCAUUCAGCCCCAACCCUCUACCCCCAAAGGGACCAUUCAGCCCCAACCCUCUACCCCCCAAAGGGACCAUUCAGCCCCCCCCCCCCCCCCAGGAACCAUUCAGCCCCAACCCUCUACCCCCAACGGGACUAUUCAGCCCCAGCCCUCUACCCCCAAAGGGACCAUUCAGCCCCAACCCUCUACCCCCAAAGGGACCAUUCAGCCCCAGCCCUCUACCCCCAAAGGAACCAUUCAGCCCCAACCCUCUACCCCCAAAGGGACCAUUCAACCCCAGCCCUCUACCCCCAAAGGGACCAUUCAGCCCCAACCCUCUACCUCCAAAGGGACCAUUCAGCCCCAGCCCUCUACCCCAAAGGAACCAUUCAGCCCCAACCCUCUACCCCCAAAGGGACCAUUCAGCCCCAGCCCUCUACCCCCAAAGGGACCAUUCAGCCCCAAGCCUCUACCCCCAAAGGGACCAUUCAGCCCCAGCCUUCUACCCCCAAAGGGACCAUUCAGCCCCAGCCCUCUACCCCCAAAGGGACCAUUCAGCCCCAGCCCUCUACCCCCAAAGGGACCAUUCAGCCCCAAUCUUCCACUCCCAAGGGGACCAUUCAGCCCCCAGCCCUCUACCCCCAAAGGAGCCAUUCAGCCCCCAGCCCUCUACCCCCCAAAGGAGCCAUUCAGCCCCCAGCCAUGGACCGCGAACAAAUGCUCAAUGGUCCGUUUUUAA